GAGACCCGCUAGCGGCCGCGCGACGCAGACAGACGCGCUCACAUUAGCCGUACAAUCGUCGCCCCGCCAUUUUAGGUGCCGCCGAGGCAGCCCGAGCAGCCAUUAUCCUCUACAUUGAUUAUCUACUAGCCUUUCAGGCUUCCCCGCGCCACCUGUGCGACUAAACAGCGAGUCUGCUGGGCUUGCAUAUGCAUCGCAGCUCUCUUUUCGUCUUCCGAGGUGUGCGAGCCCCCAAAUCCCUCGUCUACAAGUUCUGUCAACAACUUCAAGAUGUAUUGGGGCUUCAAGACUACCGGGACCUUCGUGGCCUGGAUUUGCUUCGCUGUGUUCCUGGUGACUGGCUGCAUCUGGGUGGGCAUCGGUGCUAGCGGCAUGGUGGGCUGCGACUUCUGCAAGAAUGAGUACAUCAACAACUACACGCCCGCGCGCCCCACGCUGCCUGUCAACGUGGUCCCCGGCUACGGCAAGGUCUGGUGGAACAGCACCCUGUCGCCCGUGUCCGAUGGCUGCAUCCCGCCCGCCUUCGAGUUCUCCAUGUACUACCCGACAAAGGCGGCCCUGAACGGCACCGAGAGUGCUGACGAAUUUUACGGCUGGUGCAUCAACUCCGGUCCUCUCGCGGGCACCAUUGCUGGCUCCAUCGUCCUCCUUGCCGGCCUGUGCUGCCUGCUCUUCUUCUUCUGCGCCAAGAAGCCCGAGGAGCACGGCACCGGCGUCGCCAUGAAGGUGUAAAUACCUGCUGGUCGCGCUAACCAGAGCUUUAUAAAUGGCUGUGGCCACUUGACUUCAUCAGUAAAUUUAACGAAACUGGUACCUGCCGUACUGGAGAAUUUGGCGUGCACCAAGUAAUGGUGCCAGUGCUUGCAUACCAACAAGAGCAGACCUGCUCCUGUACGCGCGCUGCAAGGUGCAUAGAAUUGGAUACUGCGCUUUGCCUUGUUUGAGUUGAUGCAUCAUAUGAUCCCCGGUGGGCUGGUGGCAAGCACCGGCAGGGCAUACAUACAGCGUUGCAACUAACUGAAAGUAGGAGGCAGGGAUCCAUUGUGCAGACUCGGAUGGGUUGUCGAUCGAAAUUCUGUGUAUAGAUUUGUCUAACGCGCUACCCUUGCAGCGGAGUGGAGAGAGUUUGCAAGGGGCACGUUCACUUGUACGGCAAGGGCGGGGUAGUGGGGAGGGGUGGACAGGUGAGGUACCGUGACUGUCGUCGUCUGUUCCUUGGGCCCCAAGCAAUAAGUGAUUGCGCAGAAUGAAGGCGCCUCGAUGCAAUUAUCGAUGACGCUUCAAGUAAACGAAUGCGCAAUGUGGGCGCCGUUCACGCCUGCGGGCUGCGGCUUUGAUGGAUGGACUGAAAUUGUAAGGGGAAGCAUGA